CCGGGUGGUGGCAGCGGUGUCCCGGGCCGGGGCCCCUGACCAUGGGCAUCGCAGAGUCCACGCCGGACGAAUUGCCGUCGGACGCCGAGGAGCAGCUGCGCAGCGGCGAGCAGCAGCUGGAGCUGAGCGGCCGGCGCUUGCGGCGGCUGCCCAGCGCCGUGUGCGCACUGAGCCGCUUGCAGAAGCUGUACGUGAGCGGCACCGGGCUGCGCGAGCUUCCCGAGGAGAUCGAGGAGCUGCGCGAGCUGCGCAUCCUGGCGCUCGACUUCAACAAGCUGGAGCGCCUGCCCGACGGCCUGUGUCGCCUGCCGCGCCUCACGCGCCUCUACCUGGGCGGCAACCGUCUGCUGGCUCUGCCACCCGACUUUGCGCAGCUGCAGAGCCUGCGCUGCCUCUGGAUCGAAGGCAACUUCCUGCGGCGCUUUCCACGGCCGCUCUUGCGCCUGGUGGCGCUGCAAUCGCUGCAGAUGGGCGACAACCGGCUGCGCGCGCUGCCCGCCGAGCUGCCGCGCAUGACGGGCUUGCGUGGCCUCUGGCUCUACGGCAAUCGCUUCGAAGAGUUCCCGCCCGCGCUGUUGCGCAUGGGCCGGCUGCACAUCCUCGACCUCGACCGCAACCGCCUGGGCGGCUUCCCCGACCUGCACCCGCUGCGUGCGCUCCGAGUUUUCUCCUACGAUCACAACCCAGUCACCGGACCCCCGCGGGUGGCAGACACCGUUUUCCUAGUGGGCGAGGGCGCCGUCGAGCGCAUGGCUGAGCGCGACGAACCCAUUCCGCGGCCGCCAGCCCGGCGUCCAGCCCGGGCCUUUGAGGAUGAGGAGGAAGAAGAUCUGCUCAUAGGAGGCACAGGACCCAGGGCCCUGGGGCCCGCCAGGGACAGCCUCCGAGCCUUGGAAGCCCCUCCAGGAUUGGGCACCUGAGCCUCUUCCCUGAGUGACGGGCUUGGCUACUCUGGAAGAAGGGGCUCUG